GCUGUAGCGGCCUAUGAGCCAUUCACCAAUCCACAGCUAUCCAUCCAUUUUAGCGCGAAGUGCGGGCGGUGCGGUGGUAUAAAAGCUAAAUGAGGGGACAUCAUGAGUAACGUGAACAGCUCCUUAUGGACGUGUUAAGUUUAAAAAGCAAAAUCAAAGAAUGGGAACGUUCUUUCGCCACCGUGCACGGAAGAAAGCCAAGUUCUGACGACAUCAAAGCAUCAGAACAAGAGAUUCGGGAUGCUUACUCCAACUACUGGAAGGCAAAGAAGUCGGACUCCCGCGUCAAAGGGGACGAACUGCAAUGUGACGUUUGGAGCAAGGAUCUCAACAUGCAGCAUAGAACUGUUUUAAAAAAGAAUUCCACUACAGACGGGGCAUGUAACUAUGAAAGUCGUAUAAGGAAUAAGAUUUUGCCGACCUUUACUUUCAACAGCAAGCCUCACCAACGAAGAAUUUACGUAAGCGAGGGAAAUGCGAAUGAAUCUGACCACAGUCAGGCUGACGCACCAGUUGACCGUAAUCAGCGAGCUGAAAACGAUAUCGUGCAAAGCCCGACCGUAAUAUCGCGACCCGCCCGAACUAACGUGAGGUCAGCAAGAACUCCCUCUCCAGUUGAGUCGGUUCAUUCUGGUCGAAAAGCAGUUUAUUUAAAGAAAUCAUUGGAUGAAUCGUGGUUGUCUAGAAACAGCCAAACCGAUGGUGACGACGACGUCUUCCACAGUCCGGCAUCGUCAAGUGUGUCUAUGUGUUCUCUACUUGGGCAGAACUAUGCCUCCAGCAAAUUUAGGAGAUCCUGUGUCGACAGUAGCAACAGUGAUAUGUUCUCAUCACCACCACCCAGGGAAGCAACGUCAAAAGUGCUUGGUCAAAUCACUUCACCUGCCCAACUUUCAUCAAGAAGUCUGCCUUCUACAACCGGUGAUGAGAGUUUGUCUCGAAAGGACAACCACAAAAUUUUGGAUGAAGCACGUGAGAGGCAAUAUACACGUAGCAAAAUUUCAUUGUCGGCUGAUGUAAGGAUUGCUGGGCCUUCCGACAUACCUCCCCGUGUUAUUGUUACCGAUAAAGAGCAUGGCGAGUGCCGAGAGGUAUUUACACCCAACGAAGUAUCCGAGGUCUCUGACGAAGAAGAGCUGGUCACUAUCUCCAAGAAAAGGAAGCGAGUUGCAACAAGCAAAACUCGACAGAUGAAAAAAAGAGCAAAGCUGUCUGCUGAAAAUGGGCUUGCACUGGACAGCGGUGAUGUUGAAACAGAAACACGCAAGGCCCAAAGAGUGAAAAGGUCUGCGAAAGACGCUCUCGAAAAGAAAGUGAAAAUGGGCACGGUCAAUGAAAACUUUGUGCGUGUCAACCUGAACAAGAAAAAAUUCUCUCGUGGUCACCACAAGCUGAAUAUGAGGAAGUUUAAGUAUCAAAAUUGGAAAGAAAAUAAGAAAAAAUCAGCAGGGGGAGAAAAAGGAACAACGUGUUUCAAAUGUGGGGGAGCCGGCCACUGGGCACGGUCAUGCCCUGGAAUAAAGUACGAGGGGUUCGACUCUGAAGACACAGACGUUCCUGCUUUACCAACUCUUGAAGAAGCAGCUCAGAUGGCACGUGGUGCAAAAGCGGAAGACCUUGCUGCUGUUUCGCAAGUGUUCAGCAAGAAAGCCGAAACUUCGGAAGGCUCGUCGGGUCCUGAUGCGGCGCACGAUUCCUGUGUUCCGCAACUUCCUCAGACACCCGAACAUGACGACGUUCCUGCAUUAGAGCCUUUCAUUUCGACUGGUCCAGAUGGGCUGGUUCAAGAUUCUCCUGAUAUAAUUUAUCAGACACUGCAGAAGAUGGGUUUCUCCGAGUUCAGGCCUGGUCAAGAAGAAGCAAUCGUGAGAAUACUGUCCGGCCUGUCCACGCUGGUGUUGUCAUCCACGGGUUCAGGGAAGUCACUCUGCUAUCAGCUUCCUGCAUAUCUAUAUGCACAGAAAUAUGAGUGCAUCACACUGGUCGUAUCGCCUCUCAUCUCUCUCAUGGAGGACCAGGUGGUCGGCUUGGCUCCAUGCCUGAAGGCUGCUUUCCUGCACAGCGCCAUGCCUGCUGCUCAGAAACAACAGGUGGUCGAACGCAUCAAGGCUAGAGAGCUGCACUUUGUCCUGGUGUCUCCCGAGAUGCUAACACAGAGCUGGAGUGGGGGGAUUCUCGAUCACCUGCCCCGAGUGGCCUUUGCUUGCAUUGACGAGGCCCACUGCCUCUCCCAGUGGUCGCACAACUUCCGACCUUCCUACCUUCGACUCUACAAGAUCCUGACCACAAAACUGAAAGUACGCUGCAUCCUUGCACUAACGGCAACUGCCACAGAAUCCACGUGCUUAGCUAUUGCCAGCCGUUUAGGCAUAGAAGAUGUAUCACGGGGAAUAAUAGGACGGCCGUGUGUACCGGACAACUUGGUCCUGUCCGUCUCGCACGAAGAAUGCAGAGACGAGGCACUCAUUGGGCUCCUCAAAGGGGACCGUCUCAAGAAUUGUGAGAGCAUCAUAAUUUACUGCACUAGGCGCGAAGAAACGGAACGUCUGGCAACACUGACCCGCAUCUCCUUUCGACAAGAGCCAGCUAGAAGGGUGGACGACAAGAAACCCAAGAAACAUCCGGUGUGGGAUGCAGAAGCGUACCAUGCAGGAAUGACACCGUACCGAAGGCGUUCGAUCCAGAAGAGGUUUAUGACGGGAAAGCUACGAGUCGUCGUGGCAACUGUAGCAUUUGGCAUGGGCAUAGACAAGGCCGACAUCCGAGCCAUAAUUCAUUAUAACAUGCCAAAAAGCUUUGAGAGCUAUGUCCAAGAAGCUGGACGUGCUGGAAGGGACGGCCUGACGUCUUAUUGCCACCUUUUCUUAGAGCCCCAGGGCAACGAUGAGAACGAGCUGAAGCGUCACAUAUACGCCAAUUCUACAGAUCGCCGUGUGCUCCGCAAGUUGCUUGGAAAAAUAUUUGAACCUUUAAACAGACGUCUUCGAGAUGCAGACAGGAAAGACCUUCCCGUGAUAGCGGCUACGUAUGAGGUGGCAAUCCCCAUCGACACAAUGGUCGAAGAGCUGGAUCUGAAAGAAGAGAACAUUGAAACCCUCCUGUGUUUUUUGGAGUUCCAUCCUAAGAAGGUCCUCGAGGUCCUAAAUAAAGUUUAUUCAACAUGUACUAUCAAGUUCUACGGUGGACCCAAGCAGUUGAGAUCGGUCGCCUCGAAGAGUGCUGCACUGGCAGCUGCGAUGGCGUUGACACAAGGCACACAAAAGGAAGACGCGAGCAGUGUGACAUUCUGCGUUGUGGACAUGGCAGCGUACAUGGGCUGGGAUUCUGGACUUGUCAAAAGAGAGCUCAAGCGACUAGAAUGGGACAACUCGUUGCAAGCGGGCUAUCGAAAGACGGGAGUCAUAGUGGAAUUCUCAGAACUCGCGUUUCACCUGAUCGUUUCGACCACACUGACGGAAGAGGACCAGGAUGAGCUCCUCGAUUACCUGCACGACCGAGUCAAGGACCAGGAACGGACAGAACUGCUUCGCCUCAGACAAGUGCACUCCUGCUUCGAGAGUGUGGCUUACGAAAGCUACUUGGAAUGCAUCGACUCCGCGAGCCUCGAAAGAAGUCAGAAGAUGAAACAGAUAAUUCGGGACUACUUCAGUGAAAAGUUGCAGACGGAUGAAUGCUACGAAGGAGCAGUCUUGCGGGAAGGAGAGAUUGGCUCCCUACAGCAAGAAAUUCGGGCACUGGUAAACAUUCACAGAGACCACAAGUUUAACGGACGUGCUGUAGCGCGCAUCUUUCACGGGAUAGGCAGCCCUCGUUUCCCCGCCGAAGUGUGGGGACGUGUACGCAGGUUUUGGAGAAGCCAUCUCCAUCUUGACUUCAAUGAGAUUCUUAAGGUGGCAAAUCAAGAGUUGGCUUAUCUCUAAUCUCUUUUAGAAGCGAAACAUUUUCAUAUGCAUAACCAUCAUCGUCUAUCUGUUCGGUCAUGUCAUACACUUUUAAUUUGUAACUUGGGUACACUGUACCUUUCUUCCAGAACUGACUGCCGCAUACAUCAUAUUUGAGUAGGCUUCUUGCAAUUUUUUGAAAAUCUAAGGCACGGUGGAUUUCUGCCUAUUUGAAGGAAACGUUGUCUCUCCCCAUGUAUUUUAGCGUAACGAGAAGGAAAAUAACAAGUCGGAGAUAAUGAGACCGUAUGGUAGAGAUAAGCCUGCCCUGUUCACCUUUCACUGAAGCUUCUCGUCAUGGUAAUUGGCAUUAAUAGGUGGUAUUGUUGACUGCAUAAUUUUGUAAAUAUUUUUCUACGUAUUAUAUGUGUAAUUUUUUUCUGGGACAUUGCAUAGUAUCAAAUUUUUGUGACAUAGGUCGUUGACAGGACAAACAAUUGACGUGACUUUCAGCUUUUGUAUGCCUGUUGGCCUCAUGUAUUUUGCUGACUACUUUGUCUUUGAUUAUACAGCAACAGACCAAAUACUUGUGUGUUUUUACUUUCGGACAGGAUCAGCGGGGUAACAAACAAUAAAGGUUGCAUGUGCACAGUGGACGUGACAGGGAUGUCUGCAAAGACCACACUUAGUAACCUCUACAACUCCUGUUAGUGGGUCGACACGAAUUACUUCGUUACUGGUUCCAAAGAUCCAUAAUGAGAGUUGUGACGGCAAGAAAAAUGCACACGGACAAUAAAUUAAAGUGUUGUGACA